UUCAUCUGAUCAACUCAACACACAGGUCACAGUGUAGAAAAUUGUCUAAUGGUGACCGACGUCUCUUGUGUUUCGUGGCGUAAGCUAAGUUUCCAGGUGUUCAUUUUUGAUUCUCCGUCUCUGAAAAAAUAUCUCCGAAAGUCAUGUUGAAUUUCUGUCGACAGUCGGUGCUAGCCAACUCUCAAAAAGUUGGAGCACGAUGGCUGGGUUCCAUAGUGCCAGUUGUAAAAACAAAGGAAUUUCCUUUGAAGAACGAGCCCAUUCUAACUUACAAAAAAGGCAGCAAAGAGCGUGCAGAAUUAGAAAAGGCACUGGAUAAAAUGAGCAGUGAAUGCGAAGACAUUCCUCUUGUGAUUGGAGAUAAGGAAUUGAGAACUGAAAAUUGUGCAUAUCAAGUCAUGCCGCAUAACCACCAGCGCAAGAUAGCAAAAUACUACCAGGCAUCCAGGAAUGAGUUAAAAAAGGCGAUCGACGUUGCCGUGAAAACGCAACGAGAAUGGGACAGGGUUCCGGUCGAGAAGCGAAUCGACAUUUGGCUACGUGCAGCCGACCUGAUGGCAGGAAAAUAUCGUCAACAGCUGAACGCAGCAACGAUGUUGGGCCAGAGCAAGACGGCGAUUCAGGCUGAAAUUGACAGUGCAGCAGAACUCAUUGACUUCUUCAGGAUGCACAGCUGGUUUCUGCAGGAGGCACUCAAGUACAAACCAAUUUCCGAAAACCCGAAGGAGACCCUGAACUCGAUGAGGUACCGUGGCAUGGACGGCUUCGUCGCCGCGGUGUCUCCGUUCAACUUCACCGCCAUUGGCGGUAACCUUAGCUAUACACCGGCUCUGAUGGGCAAUGCAGUUUUAUGGAAACCCUCGGACACAGCAAUACUAUCGAAUUGGUGGAUUUUUAAAAUCUGCAGAGAAGCUGGCGUGCCACCAGGUGUGGUUAAUUUCGUUCCCGCUCUCGGUCCGGACUUUGGUGACACGAUAACGUCCUCACCUCACCUCUCAGGAAUUAAUUUUACCGGCUCGGUGCCGACCUUUAAUCGACUCUGGUCCCAAGUUGGCCAGAAUGUCAACAACUACAGAAAUUACCCAAAACUUAUAGGCGAGUGCGGGGGGAAAAAUUUCCAUUUUGUGCAUCCGAGCGCGGAUGCCGAAUCCAUUGUGAUGGGAACCAUACGAAGUUCUUUUGAGUAUAAUGGACAGAAAUGUUCGGCCUGCAGCCGAAUGUAUGUUCCAGAAUCACUUUGGCCGAAGAUUAAGGAGGGACUUCUAGCCACUCAUGACAAAUUAAAAGUAGGAGAUGUUCGGGACUUCAAAAAUUUCAUUGGCGCUGUAAUUGACAAGCGGGCCUUUGAAAGAAUUACAGGCUACAUCGAGCACGCGAAAAAGUCUCCAGAUUUGGAAAUCAUUGGUGGAGGUGGUUACGACGAUUCAUGUGGAUACUUUAUCGAGCCUACGAUAGUCGUGACGAAAAACCCGAAGGAUAAGAUCUUUACUGAAGAAAUCUUCGGACCUAUUCUCUCAAUUUACGUUUACAAGGACUCAAAACUCAGUGAGACAAUGAAAUUGGUUGAGCCAUCCACGCCCUACGCACUCACUGGAGCGAUUUUCGGACAAGACGAAUCUUGGGCCAGACAAGCACUCGAUGAGUUGAAAUAUGCCGCCGGCAAUUUUUACAUAAACGACAAAUCGACUGGUUCAGUAGUCGGACAACAGCCAUUCGGUGGCAGCAAAAUGUCCGGGACAAAUGACAAAGCCGGUGGACCUCACUAUGUUCUACGUUGGGGCUCACCUCAAUCCAUCAAAGAAACCUUCGUACCUCUCAGAGAAUUCGAUUAUGAAUAUAUGAGAGACUAAAAUUUCAAUGCCAUUAGACCAGAACUUCUAUUCUUUUUUUUCUCUCUCUCGAAAAAUAUGAUAAUGGAAGAAACUUUUUCAUUAAAGAGUUUCAUUUCCGAAAAAAUGAGAUUCGCGAAAUCCAAAAGAUAAUUUAGUAUCAUAUCUUACUAAAAAAAAAAAAAUCAAACAAAAACCAGUGCUGAUUUCUUAUCAACUGUAUUUUUAGAUCUGAUAUUUCGUAUUGCUUUACGAAUAGAUUAUUUUUAUCUACAAAAAGACACUGAUUAGGCUUCAAAAUAGAAAUGGUUUGCUUCUUUUAAUUUUAAUUUUGAAUUUAAAAUCGAAAGCAUUCAUCAAACAAUCCAUGUAUUCCGAAAGUCAGUUUUAGAAUUGCAUUUUGCAGAAAGUAUGAGAGAUCAGAUCAAAAUUGAAUUGUGUUCUAUAUUGAAAAAUCACUGCCGCCAACGUGAAUUUACAACAAGAACCUGACGCUCUGUUGGAAAUAGUUUAAUUUAAAGUAAUUUAAUUUUUUUUCAGUACUCGAAGAUAUCAAAGCUUUUAAUAUCUCUUGGCUCUGUUCGUUAAUCUGUAAUUUUUGUAAAAUUGUGUACAAAUCGAUUGCGACUGUUGUAGAAUUUAAAAGCAAAAACCCUCACAAUCCAAAUUUAUAUAAUUAUAAGACUAGUUUUUAGAAACACUUUGACGAAAGAGGAUUCUAUUUUCGAAAAAAUUUGAAACUCUCCCAGCUAGAUUCUUCUGGGGUAUUUAACUUUUUUCUCGAUUGAAAUUCUUUUCUUUUUCCAAUUUGAAAGAAGUUGGCAUAUAAUGUGAUUAGAUAUUCUCUACUUGAAAAGGGAGAAUAUUGAUUUUUUAUCCUAAUUUUUUAAAUAUGUGGGAUUCCAUAACUGUGUCGAAGAAUCCUGUCCUAACAAACAUUCAGAAUUUAAAAAAUUUUUUCUGAAUCAAGUGUCUCUAUAGGUAUUUAUGAUUUACGAAAGUGAGUCAUAUUGUAGAAUCUCAUAGUCAUAGGAUGUUUCUUACGAUAACCGAGGAUAGGUAUUGUGGCUGUUAUACUAUAAUUUAUUUUAGCUAUACUAUAGCAACAAAAUAUGAUAACUGAAAAGUACGAA